AUGAUCUUCCUGAUACCGCCUUUCUUUUUAGACACGAUAUACUUCGACGUGGGUACGAAGAAUCCAAAAAUCAUAGUCGACAAUCACGACUUUAACAUGGCGAGGAAAACGGAUUCAAAGACGAUGUGGAUCUGUGCUGGGUACUUUAAAACUAAGUGCAGGGCUAGAGCUACUACAAGAACGAUCUAUUUUGAAGCAGGUACCAAGAACCCGAAGAUCAUCGUCGACGAUCACGAUUUUUAUCUAGAGAGCAGCAGACCCACCAAGAGUACGUGGUUCUGCUGCAUGAACUACAAGACCAAAUGCAAGGUGCGAGUUUCGACCUCUGGCACAUACGUUGUGGUCAACGGGGUCCACAAUCAUCUUCCCAGGAAGAGGGUCAAUGCCAAGUACAGAUCUAAGGAAGUGACUAUCGUCAGGGCCAGUUAAAGAAGCGAAAAGGACGCCUCUAAAUGGACUUUUCACAUAGAAACCCUCAAUCAUGAUACCAGCGCUAAAUGGAGAAACAUCUCAUGUUCAAAGGGCACGAUAGUAGGUCGCUUGACCUUGAAAGAACCUCUAGGUGUCAUUUUACCCAGGUUAAUCAAAGCUUGGAACAUGCAUUUUUUUCAACUUUCAGUGCUGGGAUGAAAAUUGAGGGUGUCCAUGCGAGAAAAUCAAUUUGACCUUGAAUAGUCCUUCAAAGUUUACUAGAAGACAUUUCAAUGUCAAUUCUUGCUCUCUCAUGGAAACCCUCAAUUUUGAUCCCAGCGCUGAAAAAGGAGAAACAUGUCAUGUUCAAAGGUCGCGAAAAUAGGUCGUUCGACCUUGAAAGAACCUCUAGGUGCCAUUUUACCCAUGUUAAUUGACGCUUUGAACUUGCAUUUUUUCAAAUUUCAGUGCUGGGAUCAAAAUUGAGGGUUUCCAUGUGAAAAACUCAAUUUGACCUUGAAUUGUCCUUCAAGGUUUACUAGAAGAUGUUUCAAGGUCAAUUUUUGCUCUAUCAUGAGAUUUUUUUUAUGGAAUGUUGUGAAACAGCGGAUAGAUGGAAAAAGGAGAAUAUUAAAGUAGAACUUUUAAUGCGAAAAUCGCAGAACACCCAGCCACACAUCUGAUGGUUACCUUCAAUCUGGUCUUGUCUGUGACCUUGUUCAAUUCAAGGUCGACUUCAUCUUUUCACAUGGAAACCCUCAAUUUUGAUCCCAGCGCUAAAAAUGGAGAAGCAUGUCAUGUUCAAAUGUCACGAAAAUAGGUCGUUUGACCUUGAAAGAAAGAACCCGAAGAUCAUCGUCGACGAUCACGAUUUUUAUCUAGAGAGCAGCAGACCCACCAAGAGUACGUGGUUCUGCUGCAUGGACUACAAGACCAAAUGCAAGGUGCGAGUUUCGACCUCUGGCACAUACUUUGUGGUCAACGGGAUCCACAAUCAUCUUCCCAGGAAGAGGGUCAAUGCCAAGUACAGAUCUAAGGAAGUGAUUAUCGUCAGGGUCAGUUAAAGAAGCGAAAAGGACGCCUCUAAAUGGACUUUUCACAUGGAAACCCUCAAUUUUGAUCCCAGCGCUAAAUGGAGAAACAUCUCAUGUUCAAAGGGCACGAAAAUAGGUCGUUCGACCUUGAAAGAACCUCUAGGUGUCAUUUUACCCAGGUUGAUCAAAGCUUUGAACAUGCAUUUUUUUUCAACGUUCAGUGCUGGGAUGAAAAUUGAGGGUUUCCAUGCGAAAAAAUCAAUUUGACCUUGAAUAGUCCUUCAAAGUUUACUAGAAGACAUUUCAAUGUCAAUUCUUGCUCUCUCAUGGAAACCCUCAAUUUUGAUCCCAGCGCUGAAAAAGGAGAAACAUGUCAUGUUCAAAGGUCGCGAAAAUAGGUCGUUCGACCUUGAAAGAACCUCUAGGUGUCAUUUUAUCCAGGUUAAUUGACGCUUUGAACUUGCAUUUCUUCAACUUUCGGUGCUGCGAUCAAAAUUGAGGGUUUCCAUGCGAAAAAAUCAAUUUGACCUUAAAUUGUCCUUCAAGUUUUACUAGAGGUUGUUUCAAGGUCAAUUUUUGCUCUAUCAUGAGAUUUUUUUUAUGGAAUGUUGUGAAACAGCGGAUAGAUGGAAAAAGGAGAAUAUUAAAGUAGAACUUUUAAUGCGAAAAUCGCAGAAGACCCAGCCACACAUCUGAUGGUUACCGUCAUUCUGGUCUUGUCUGUGACCUUGUUCAAUUAAAGGUCGACUUCAUUUUUUCACAUGGAAACCCUCAAUUUUGAUCCCAGCGCUAAAAAUGGAGAAACAUGUCAUGUUCAAAUGUCACGAAAAUAGGUCGUUCGACCUUGAAAGAACCUCUAGGUGCUAUUUUACCCAGGUUAAUUGACGCUUUGAACUUGCAUCUUUUCAACUUUCAGUGCUGGGAUCAAAAUUGAGGGUUUCCAUGCGAAAAAAUCAAUUUGACCUUGAAUUGUCCUUCAAGGUUUACUAGAGGAUCUUUCAAGGUCAAUUUUUGCUCUAUCAUGAGAUUUUUUUAUGGAAUGUUGUGAAACAGCGGAUAGAUGGAAAAAGGAGAAUAUUAAAGUAGAACUUUUAAUGCGAAAAUCGCAGAACAUCCAGCAACACAUCUGAUGGUUACCUUCAUUCUGGUCUUGUCUGUGACCUUGUUCAAUUCAAGGUCGACUUCAUUUUUUCACAUGGAAACCCUCAAUUUUGAUCCCAGCGCUAAAAAUGGAGAAACACGUCAUGUUCAAAUGUCACGAAAAUAGGUCGUUUGACCUUGAAAGAAAGAACCCGAAGAUCAUCGUCGACGAUCACGAUUUUUAUCUAGAGAGCAGCAGACCCACCAAGAGUACGUGGUUCUGCUGCAUGAUCUACAAGACCAAAUGCAAGGUGCGAGUUUCGACCUCUGGCACAUACGUUGUGGUCAACGGGGUCCACAAUCAUCUUCCCAGGAAGAGGGUCAAUGCCAAGUACAGAUCUAAGGAAGUGACUAUCGUCAGGGCCAGUUAAAGCGAAAAGAACGCCUCUAAAUGGACUUUAAAAACUCGUACUAGCUUUGCUGUCAAAAACUGCGCAGACUAUUUAUAUAUUUAUUGGUACCGUAUUGCUUAUAUUCUCAGAGCUUGAAAAUGUAAAAGCGACGUAUAAAACGCACAUAUGUCUUUUCA